AUGUCCUGCGGCUAUCCCACCCCCGGCUGCCUACCGCAAGCCAACUUCCCCCGUCCCACCGACCGUCGCGCCGGCGGCCGCCCGGAGCCCACCAACGCGACCAUUGCCAACGGGCGCAUCCACCGCCGCCGCACCUACUUCAGCCCCGGCCUGCACCGCGCCUCCGCCGUCCUGCAGAACCCGCUGUCCAUCCGCUUCCGCGAGCUCUGCCUGCUCGUCUUCCUCCUCUUCGCCCUCUACAAGGGCGCCCUCCCCGCCCGCCGCAUCUACGGCAUGGUCGCCGUCGACCCCGUCGACACCCUCUGCCGCCGCCUCAGCCUCGCCGGCUGUGGAUAUAGGAUCUUGUGGCUGGCACUAUGGAGUUUGUGGCGAUGGGCUGGUGAUGUUGUUCCCUGGGCGUUCGUGUGUGCUGUUGUCAUAUUCGGUGGGGAGGAGGUUCUAGCGUCGUUUCGGAGGAAGAGCUCGAAAUAA